CGUCAAAUAAUGUUUGAAAACACUAAAAAAGCAUUGGAAACGUUUCGAACAGCUAUCGAGUGUGUUAAAUGCAAAAAACCGAGGGGAGACUUGCAAUAUCUCGGAUCAUCUUGCAAACAUGCUUAUUGCUGGGAAUGUAUCGCCACAUUUCAACAGAAACCGUCUGGAAAACGCUCUUCAGUGGCUCGACACAUGUGUCCGAGUUGUGCUUUCCCACUAGACACAUCCAAAAUCACAGAAGCUCAUAUGCUGAAAACGUGCUUUGAUACUUUGUCUGAACUAAACGACCUUUUACAGAAAGUCGGAACAACAUCUCUAACUCAAGCAGAGUUUGCCUGUACACAAAACAUUUUUAACAAAGAAAAAACUCCAGCUGAUGCCGUAGAGAAAUUCCUGGAGACGCAAGCUCAUAUGCCAGACGAGAUGGGACAACUUGGUGAAGAGGAUGAUGAUUUGAUGUGUAAAGAUGAAAACCGGGAAAAUUCAAACUCUCCAGAAUUGGAUAUAUUCCACGACUACAGCAAAGAAGCUUCUCCAACGCGUAAUUCGACAAAACGCCCUUCAACUGUCAGUGUUCAUGAGAGAAAACCCAAAAGGUCAUCGAUACUGAAAACUUCCGUCAAAAAUGAACCGGCUGCGCCUGUAGUUGAUCUUUUUGCAUCGCAAGUUCCGCAGAGAACUCAUCAAAAUGAUUUACUGACGCCGUUUAUUGAGCGUCGCUCAACUGCUCCAGCAGCAACUGGUGUUGCAACGUAUGCUCAAGCUUUCGGAAGUAGCAGUAAUCCAGUUAAAGCCGAAAUUAUCGAAGAAGAUAUUUUCUCGAAAGCGAUUCCUCUCACAAAACGGCAAGCUUCAAUGAGUGCGAGCGCCAAGAAACAACCAAAAUUGGAACCUGAAGAACCAGAAGAAGUACCAUCGACGUCUAGAAGUCGUAAAAAUUCGAUUAAAUCCGAUAAAAUCGAACGACGAUCUCAAUCACCGAUGAGUUUUGGAGAGAAGUCGAUGAGUGUGAAAUCAGAGCAACGUCGCAGUUCUUAUGGUACUCGUCGUGGUGAAGCUGUCCUGGUCAAUUCAAUUCGCAAUAAUCGUAUUCCUCAACUUCGAAGUGCUGUAGAGGCAGGAACGUGCGUAAAUGAGAAAGAAGACGGAAAGACACCACUUUACGUGGCAGUUGAGAAUAGCUCAUUGGAAGCUGUUAAGAUACUUGUUGAAGCGGGUGCAGUUAUUAAUGCUUCAUGCGGCUCAACAUUAGAAACAACGCUUCACGAGGCUGUUCGCCGUCAAAAUACUCAAAUUGUUGAAUAUCUUUUAUCGAAAGGUGCCAGCAUCAAAAUUCGAAAUAUUGCUGGAAAAACUGUCGAAGAAAUGGCUAAAAGUGAUCCGAAAAUUAGGAAAAUAAUCGAAAAAUUCAAGACUGAACAGAGAGUUUUACAGCCUGUCGUCGCCCCUCCAAAAUCUCGUCUUCAUUUCGUUCAACUCAUAGAUGAGAAGAUGCUCACUGAAUCUGAAAAACGAAAACUUCCCGGAAAAAUCAAUAUAGUUCCUGCUGAUAUGGAUUCUCCGACGCAUGUGGUAGUCACCGUUGAUUUGAAAACUCGUGUGCUCAAUAUUAACAAGGAGCAUAUUGGAGAAAUUUUAAAAGCUAUCAUAAAAUCGGGAAUGAUAGUUAGUCGAGAUUGGCUGAGAGCGUGCAUUAUUGAUCCAUCGAAAGUCGAUGAUGAUCGUUCUUAUAUGGUUCAGAAAGUUAGAUGGAUGGAAGGUGAAGUAUUUGAAAAUACUAUUGAACAAUGGAAGAAGACAAUCACUAAAAUGCAACCAAAAUUGUUCGCCGGUUGCAAAUUUUUCAUUCCAAAGCCAAAGUAUAACUUCCUCGAUCGCCCAGCUCUUUUUGAAAUUAUUCGAUCUGCCGGUGGUCAAGCUGCAGCGAGGGAGCCCAUUAUUGACGAAAAAGAUCCACCGCCGUACCAUAAUGCCAACUUGAAACCAAACUUUGUGCUCUACAGCUUGACACAUGAUAUAGGAGACAAAUUCCGCGACUGCACAAAGUACAAUCUUGUCAGCGAGCAGUGGUUAAUAGAGGCGAUUCUUGGAUGCUCCAUCACAACACCACCACAUUAACCAUUUUCCGUUUUAAAAUAUUUUCUUUUGCGUUUCUAUUGUAAAAUUGCAAUAUGAAUGAUUAUUUU